UAGCGCUGCUGUUUGCAUAUUUAAGAAACGGCUCCCAUAACAAUCUGGUCUUGCCCAAAAAUGACUAUUCCACACCUGUCAGAGAGCAAUUAAGAAGCUGAAAACACCUCCCAGUUUUUAGGGAGCUGCAUGGAUUUUAACCAGUGAUUUGAGACAGAACACCUGUUAGGCAGUGGAACUCCAGUAAGUACUGGGUCUUUCUGAAAGCCCUUGGUAUACCCUGGCCUCUCAUCUGCCAAAUUGCUGGAGCAGAUUAUCAAAGAAUUUUUUAGCCACUUUUCAAAUUUGUUUGUAUAUUGGAUAAGAUGGUCGGAUCCUGGUAUCAAGGACUGUCUUUUACUUCAUUGACAUCACCUACUGAACUUAUGGCAAAGUCUGUAAGCAGGACUCUAGGCUAACUAGCAUCACCCAGGUGCCACAGGCAACUAAAUUUUGCUAUAGGCACCCUGUUAUUUUUCCAAGACCAAUUACUUAAUCAUUGUAUGACAUUCCUCCUUUUCCUUUAUGUUCAGAACCUGAAGGGUAAAGAUGCAUUGGUCUAUCAACUACUUUCUGAAGCAAAGUUUAAAGUAAAACUAUCAGCCAUCGAUGUCCGUGUUGAUGGAUGUGGAAAUGAUGAUGAUGGAGACGAUGAUCUUUGUGACAUUGAUCUUGAUUUGAUGGAUGAAAUUGGAGGCGGGGUGCAUUUUUCGGAACUUGAUCUGGCCACUGCCAUUGAGAAGGGAGCCAGCUGGUCCAAAACGCCAUCUAGGUACCUACUGACUCUAGCAAUGAUAAUGAUUAUUAUUAUUAUUAUUACUAUUAUUGUUAUUAUUAUUAUUAUGCACAACAACUUUACCAAUUUAUUUAAUAGUAGAUAUUGAAAGCAGUGAAUGAAUUUGUUAGUACUUACAGGGACGGAAACUUAAGGGCGUUCGCGCUAAUUGUUUCUGCUCAUCCCUACUGCGCACGUAAUUCAUAGCGCCACGUCAUGCAUCGAGUGCACACGCUGAGAGCACUGUCUAAGCACAUAUAGGGCUGGUAGCUGUUGCAUUAACUUUGCUUGCAAUUUACUUUAUUAAAUGGUUGGUGACACCCCAGUUUGUUUCCGUAGACCACUUUCUCUUCCACUUUCCGAUAGAUUGUGAAAAAAUGAACAAACAAUCAAUGUGGGAAGGUAAAAAAUUUCCAAUUUUUCUGUGUACGCGGCGUCGAAAUUUUGGCAUUCGUGCGGCUGUUAGGAGAGUAGAAAUGUGUCCGCUAAAUGAUAAAAUCCACUCUGAGGAAGUUUUUUAGUUCACCGAAUUUUGUUUAUGGAUCCACAAGAACAAUAAUUGGCAGAUAAAAUUUCAAUUCAGGGAUUUAUUUAUAAACUUUUUGCACAAACAGGCACUUUAUCCGUAUGCAGUAACGAAGCCCGAUUUCUCAGAUUUUGGGUGAUCUUUUAAAUGUCAUAUCUCGAUCCGAAACGAUUUCGGUGACCCCCCAAUUCUUUUACAUUUUUGACAUGAGUAACCCAUAAUCUCAAAAUGGUGAAAGUUUCAGAAAAAAAUCAAUGUUAAAAGAUGUUCGCGCGAACGUCCUUAAUUUUAACAGCACUCGCUAUUGGGCAAGUGCCCUUAAUAAAUGUAACCAAAAGGCUAAGAUUUGUACUCGCCGAAGUAGUAUUGACACUCGAGUGGGCGAGUGCUAAUUUCCAACCCUGACUUAUUGUUGUUCCACUUACAACAAGCACAAUGAUUUCUAGUGCACACGGCAAGACAAAGUGGGUAGUUGCAGUUAAAGAGGUGUCAACAAUAAGAAGGUCUGUUUCAGAAGAAAAACAAAAUUCUUCUAGAAAUCUGAAGAUUUUGCCAGGAAUUGGGAUACUUUGAAUUUUGAGGGAGUCAUGAUGUAAUUAAGUCAAACAUUUGGGAAAUUUUAGAUUUUUUGAGAAUACCCAAAAAAUGUGGGACGAUAUCAGAGAUUUUCAGGAGAACUUUUGUUUGCAUGUGGUACUGCUCAAGCAGUAUUUAUUAGAGCUGUCCCCCAUUAGUUACGACCUGAUAUGUAAGAAAGACAUUCUGUAUCUUAAAAUAACCACUGAAUAGUCAAUAAUAAAUUAUGUUGCUACUUUUCAGGUCUAUGGAUGAUGUACACUGGCUUUUCAAUGAUAUCAGAAAAUAUGCCCACUCCUUGAAGAAAGUCGACAGCAAAAUCCGUGGCACUGGUAACGAGCUCGAGGGAUCUGACUGGCAUGCCACCUACAUGACAUCAGCUCUUGUAGUCCAGCUUUGCAAAGACCCUAAGAAAGGCACAAAGAGAAAGUUUUCCCUGGAGCUUACCCACCGUCCAUACCCCUACUGUGGACCUUAA